GUGUGUUCUGUGAGUGUGUUGCUGACAGCUCUCAAGAUGAUUAGACCGCCUUGUUCUGUAACUUCCACUGGCUGCGAGCUGCAUUCAAAGGAUCCUGGGAAACCCUCAAGCCACACAAUGGAGGCAGUGACCAUGGAGGAUGUAACAGUGACCUUCACCAACGAAGAGUGGGCUCUGCUGAAUCCAGCCCAGAAGAGGCUCUAUGGAGAUGUGAUGUGGGAAACAUUUAGGACUAUAAGUGCUAUAGGAAGGACUUGGGACAGUCAGCAAAUGGAAGAAGAAUACAAAAAUUACUUGAGAAAUCUAAGCAAUGAAGAGGUAGCAAAAUGCUGUCGAUAUACAACUUUCAAUCAACAUGAAAACAUAUUGCUUCAGACUCCAGAUGCUAAUAUGGACAUGAAGCGAGCUGCUUUAAAGCUACCUGGAAGUCUUAUUUAUAGAGAACUUCUGAUUGGGCAUUUAUCACUAAAUGUACCCAUUGUACAUCAUCCUGGAGAGAAGCCACAUGAGUAUUUGGGAUUUGAUGACAAGCUGAGUAAAUGCAAUGAACACGGCAAAACCUGCAGUGCCUUUCAGUCCUUUCAGAAGCAGGCAAAGAUAAAGCCUGGAGAGAAAUCCUGUCAAUAUCGGCAAUGUCAGAAAGCCUACUCUGAACUUAGUGAAAGAACUCACCCAGGAGAGAAGACCAUUUUUCGUCAGAAAAGUGUGAAAUCCUCCAUCACCCCCAGUGGUUUACAAAUCCAUGACAUAGUUCACACUGAGAAGAAACCAUAUGUAUGCAAGCAAUAUGGAAAUACCUUCAAUACUCAAAGUUGUAAAAUUCUUGAAAGGAUUCAGAUAGAGGAAAAACCCUCUGUAUUUAAACAGUGUGGAAAAGCAUUUCAUACACACAGUUGCUCCCAAAGACAUGAAAGUAGUCACACUGGCAUGAAACCAUAUGUAUGUAAGCAGUUUGGGAAAUCACUCAGCAGAUACAUUCACUGUCAAAGCUAUGAAAGUACUCACAAAGGGGAGAAACCUUAUGUAUGUAAAUACUGUGGGAAAGGUUUCACCAGACGCAGUUAUUGUCAAGUACAUGAAAGAAAUCACACUGGGGAGAAACCCUAUGUGUGUAAGCAAUGUGGAAAAGCAUUCACUACUAGGAGUUAUUCUAUUAUUCAUGAAAAAAUUCACACUGGGGAGAAACCUUACAUGUGCAAGCAAUGUGGGAAGGCAUUCAGUACUCACCGGUCUUGCCAAAUACAUGAAAGAACUCACACUGGAGAGAAACCUUACAUGUGCAAGCAAUGUGGGAAGGCAUUCAGUACACACCAAUCUUUUCGGGUCCAUGAAAGAACACAUACUGGGGAGAAACCUUAUGUGUGCAAGCAAUGUGGGAAAGCAUUUACUGCAAAGAAUUCUUACAAUAUACAUGAAAAAACUCACACAGGAGAAAAGCCUUAUGUGUGCAAGCAAUGUGGGAAGGCUUUCAUCACACACCAAUCUUGUCAAAUACAUGAAAGAAGUCACACUGGGGAGAAGCCUUAUGUAUGCAAGCAGUGUGGGAAAUCAUUUACUACACACCAAUCUUGUCAAAGACAUGAAACAUGUCAUACUGGGGAGAAACCUUAUGUGUGCAAACAAUGUGGGAAGGCAUUCACUACUAAGAGUUCCUACAACAUACAUGAAAGAACUCACACAGGGGAGAAACCAUAUGUGUGCAAGCAAUGUGGGAAGGCAUUCACUACACACCAAUCUUGUCUAAUACAUGAAAGAACUCACACAGGAGAGAAACCUUAUUUGUGCAAACAGUGUGGGAAGGCAUUCACUGCAAAGAAUUCUUGUAACAUACAUGAAAGAACUCACACAGGGGAGAAACCUUAUGCAUGCAAACAAUGUGGGAAGGCAUUCAGUACACACCAGUUAUGUCAAAGACAUGAAAUAACUCACUCUGGUGAGAAACCUUAUGUGUGCAAGGAAUGUGGAAAAGCAUUCAGUAUAAGGAGUAAUUAUAAAAGACAUGAAAGAACUCACACUGGGGAAAAACCUUAUGCAUGCAAGCAAUGUGGGAAGGCAUUCACUACACACCAGUUUUGUCAAAUACAUGAAAGAUCACACAGUGGCGAGAAACCUUACGUGUGCAAGCAAUGUGGAAAGGCAUUCACUACACAUCAAUCUUGUCAAAGACACCAAACAAGUCAAGGGGAAAAACUGUAUGUGUGCAAGCAGUGUGGGAAGAUAUUCACUACAAAGAACUCUUAGAACAUACAUGAACACGAUCUCACGGGGAAAACCAUAUGUAUGUGAGCCAUUGGAACAAAGACUUUCUAGUAGGUCCUCAUAUACAAAGAUCCCACA